GGUUCAAACUCUUCUCCAGGAGAGUGGCUGCGACCGUGAGGUCACGUGAUGAGCAUCCUGCUGCCCAACAUGGCGGAGUUCGACACCAUCUCGGAACUGGAGGAGGAAGAGGAAGAAGAAGUGGCAACGUCGUCGUCGCCGCCGCCGUCGUCGUCCUCGUCGUCGUCUGUAUCUGGGCCCGACGAUGACGACGAUGAGGAGGAGGAUGAAGAGGAGGAAGAGGAGGAGGCGCCGCCUCCGCCGCGGGUAGUGAGCGAGGAACAUAUGCGGAAAUAUGCCCCCGACCCUGUGUUGGUGCGGGGCGCUGGCCACAUCACUGUGUUUGGCUUGAGCAACAAGUUUGAUACUGAAUUUCCCUCAGUUCUAACAGGGAAGGUGGCCCCAGAAGAAUUUAAGACCAGCAUUGGCCAUGUGAAUGCAUGUUUGAGAAAGUCUCUCCCAGUCAAUGUGAAAUGGCUGCUGUGUGGUUGUCUCUGCUGCUGUUGCACACUGGGUUGCAGCCUGUGGCCUGUUAUUUGUCUCAACAAAAGAACCAGAAGAUCAAUUCAGAAGUUAUUAGAAUGGGAAAAUAACAGAUUAUAUCACAAGCUUGCUUUGCACUGGAAGUUGACUAAACGGAAAUGCGAAACUAGCAAUAUGAUGGAGUAUGUAAUACUAAUAGAAUUCUUACCAAAAUACCCCAUAUUUCGACCUGACUGAAGACUUUUAUCUAGUCACUUCUGUGUUAUCUGUCACUUCCUACCCUUAGUGCCUUGUACAUGAUUUUGGAAUGAAGAUGAUCUCCUUUACUGUGUUCAAUUUACUGUUUAUAAUGGUAGAAUAUUCUCCCUGCUCUUUUAUUUGUGUUGGUUUUUGAAGAAAAUUUGCACAUCUUUUUUGUUGUUAAAUGAGGCUUGUGUUUUGCACUUUCAAAUUUUAAAUAAAUACACAACAUGUGUGCACAUAUAUGUAUACAG